AUGGGACAUCCUGAUAUAUAUCAAGAUACAUUUGGCUAUGAGUCAAAAACAACUCUCGAUCUCCGCAAUAGUGUCGACGAUGUAACGCCCAUCCCACCGCAGGAGAGCAGACUCCAACUAUUCGAGACUCAACCUUCAACCGAGGAGCAGCAAUGGACUCCAGAUCUGCGAGACUGGCUGGUAUUCAUCAACAUACUCAUCUUCGCGAUGAUGGACACGUUUGAUGCGACGGUGAUGAUACCAGUCCUGCCGGAACUUGCCAAUACCUUCGAUAAGCCUCUCGUUAGCACCCUCUGGGUCAACACCAUGUACCUCAUUGUCAGUGCUGCCAGCCAACUAUUCUUCGCAAUGAUGUGUGAUGUCUUCAGCCACGGACCAUUGUGGAUUAUCGCCGGCGUUUUGAGCACGAUCGGCUCCGGGGUCUGCGGUGGCUCGAUGAGCCUAAGCGAACUUAUCAUCGGUCGGUUGGUUCAGGGUAUCGGCGGAGGUGGUGCGACGGCACUAUGCUUUGUUAUAAUGGCAGAUACAACCCCGGAGUACAUCCACUCGCGAUAUUCAUGCUAUAUCCUGCUGACACGACUAAUGGGGUCUAUGCUAGGCCCCGCCGUGGGCGGACUUUUCAUUGACAAGGGUAAUUGGACGUGGGCUUGCUAUUUCAAUUUUGUCUUCUGCGGGUUGGGCUUGUUGUUGAUUCCUGUUUCCAUGGAUUUGCGGGUCUCCAAGAAUAUUCCGCUCCGGAAGCUUCGAAUCCUGGAUUGGUCUGGAGCCAUGAUGAGUUUGCUGGGUCCGUCGAGUAUUCUUAUGGGUCUAAGUUGGGGUGGGGUCUUGUAUCAAUGGCUUGCGUGGCGGACCUUGAUGCCCAUCGCUGUUGGUGUUGCAACGCUCAUUGCGCUGGUGUUGUAUGAGUCGAUGUUGGCAUUGCGCCCGCAGUUCGGCGCAAAGAUGUUCAGGUCCCCAGCGGCCAUCAUGACCUAUGUUGGCUGCUUCUGUCAUGGCUUUGUGAUUCUCUGUCAAAUGCAGUACUUUUCGUUCUUCUUCCUAGCGACAAAGUAUUAUUCUGCAACCGUGGCAGGGAUGUCACUUCUAGCUCUCACUGGUCUGGCUCUUACUCCUGCAGCAGUGGUAGGAAUUGUGCUUGCAAGUCAGCCGCAAUGUUCCAAAUACAUCACCUCUGGCGGGUGGAGCUUAACCAUUCUCGCAUCUGGUUGUUCCAUUCUUCUAGACAGCACGACGCCUACCGCUGGAUGGGUGUUUCUGUGCUUCGCAGCUGGUUUGGGUCACGGACUCCUCCUGGCAAGUUAUAACAUCGAGGUUCACAAUAUGCCCCGAGGGAAAGGCAACUCAUUCGCUACCAAGCCAAUUUUUAUUUCCAACUUCAUGCGGGCGUGGGGAAUGGCAGCUGCUAUACCGAUGGGAGGUGUGGUGUUCCUAAACUUGCUCGGCGAUGAGCUUCAGACUCUCGGACUGAAGCGGGAUCUGGUCAAUACUGCCAACGGAUAUCUAUUGUUGAUGAAUCAAGUACAGAUGUCAGAUGAGCAGAGAAAAGCUAUUCAGGAUGCCUCGGCGACGGCAUUGCAGAUUGUGUGGGAGCUUACUACAGGAAUUAGUGCUGUGGGUGGCCUCUCCUCGGUCUUUUUGUGGAAGAAAAGGUCAUAA